AUGAGUCACCAGUGCAACACAUGUCAGGAGAAGCUCCUGAAACUCAACCAGCAAGUUUCUGUGAUGAGGAAAGAAAUGAAGAACCUCAGGCAAAUGUUGGACAGUGCAACAAGAGCCCAUCGUAAACAACUUACAUCUCUUCAGUCUGUUUUGACAAACAUUGAUCGGUCUGAGCUUUGUAAAGCUCAAACUCCUAACAUCACCUCCGCAUCCCCAGUGAGUGCUUUGGAACAAGGUGUCAUCCAGACUGCUCCCAUUGGUUACAUCAGGUCCUGUUUCUCUGCCAAAAAUGGGACGCCUAGACAGCCCACCAUCUGCGGCCAGGCCAGGGCCGAGCUGCGCAUUCAGAAUAGUGUCUUCAACAACCCUGAACACGCUUUGGUGGGACUAGAGCAAUACUCCCAUGUCUGGGUAAUUUUUAUGUUCCAUAAAAAUGGUCACCUAUCUGCCAAAGCCAAAGUAAAGCCACCAAGACUCAAUGGUCAAAAAGUUGGUGUGUACUCGACACGGAGCCCCCAUCGACCCAAUGCGUUAGGAUUAACAUUAGCUAAACUGGAGAGAAUUGCAGGUGACACUGUGUACCUGUCAGACAUCGACAUGAUAGAUGGGACCCCUGUGCUGGACAUCAAACCUUACAUUCCAGAUUGGAUAAGGGAGCCUCCAGUUUCAAGUUUGGAUGUGCGCUUCACUGCACAUGCUGAGAAACAACUUUCAGAAUUUGUUCCGUCAGGAUGCAAUGAUCAGGAUGGACCAAAGUUCCAGUUCCUGCGCAGUACAAAGGAGGCCACAGCCGCCAUCAAAGCGGUGCUGUCGGCUGACCCUCGAUCUGUAUACAGGAGGGAGCGCUGCACUGAUAAACUCUUUUACUUCACACUAGAUGCAGCUGAUGUCACCUGCUGGUUCGGGCAAGGCUUUGCAGAGGUUCUGCAAAUCCGGCCUCUUCACAUCCAACUGAAAUAA